AUGGAGGCACUACUUUUGGGGACUAGCCGCUCGGAGUGGUAUGAGCGAGUACAGGUCUUUCUCGUGCUCGCGACGGAGCGCAUGAUGUCGCUUCGGUCUGGCAUCUUCUGGACCUUCUCCUACGUACUUCUGCUGACCCUUAUGUAUCUCUUUCACUCACCGUUUCGCUCGCAGCUAGAGAGCCGCACGGACUGGUACGCGCAGCUCACGAAAGGGCUGCAGAUAUGGCUCGCGGUAGUGCUCCUGUGCUUCCAUGUCGGGCCACAUGUUGUGGAGUCGCCCUCUACCGCUGCUGGUGCGACGGGUACAAAAUCCAUGGCCUCAGGCGCAACGCAGCACAUCCUCGCCGAGGACACAGUGGCCACCAUCUUCUUUCCGAUCUUCUGCUUCAGUAGUUCCUUCUGCCUACUUCUGCACAAGAUCAAGCGCCGGUACAAGCUCGCCUUUACCUACGGGACCAGCCUCACGGUUGUGCUAAUCAACUCUGUGCUCUUGUCGAGCUUCGCGACGAUGCACUACACGACAUGCCGUGAGCUCUUCUCGACGGCGGAAACCGCCGUCAAUGCAUCUGAGAAGACGCGGACGACCCCGGCCGCUGGGAGCCUGACAUUGCCGUUGGUGUGGAAGCGAACAUCACUGGUCGUCUGCCCGCAGCCAGCCAAAGAGAAGCCGUUUGUAUGCAUUGCCUUCCUAUGCACCCUCUGCGUGACCUUUGUGGGGAUUGAUUACCUUUACAAGAAGCAUGUCGCCGGCGGGGACCCGUUGCGCGGUAUUCUGUGGGCAGACUUGUACCCGGAGAAACAGAAAAGCUACAACUCCUCGCUGGCUUCCUCGUCGCGCACCCCCUUCAUCUUUCGCUGCUGGGGCUGGCGACGCGCCCACGUCAGCGACAACCACGCGGCAGAACGCCUCGGCCUCUCCGAGGGCGAUCCACGGCUCCAGGAGUUGACUCCUAAGACCAUUGUACUGCCUAGUCAUGCAAAGCACGCAAGCCAAUGUGGAGACGGCGACACGGACCAGGCCGGGUGGCAGGAUGAGCACGACCGACUGAAUGUAUCAGACGGAAAAUGCGUAACUCAGCCCACAAACCGACCAGGCAUGGUGCCGUGGUUCUCAACCUUCAUCAUCAGGACAACCUGGCAGGUACUGGCGCGCAUGUCGCUCGAGUUCCUCACGUUCGACAUACGUGUGCUGCAGCACUACGCGCGACCGAAGGUGUUUGAGCUCCAUUUUGAGUCAUCCCUGAAGGAUUUACCAAGUUUUCGCAUGGACAGCAAGAGGAACAGCAUGUAUGCCAACGACAAGCCUACCGCGGCCGAUGCUGCCACCCUUUCCGCCACCUGUCCACCGACACCACUGCAGCGUGACGCAACGCAGGCACUGAAACAGCCACCGUCGGCGACUUCCCCAGAGAAAAGGGUCAGAGAAACCGACAAGGAUAUCUGGUUUGACUGGAUUUCGGACGUCGGUGAUGGCUUUAACCCAACGUACGCCAUGGCCCGCCUCCUUGCCCGGCCAUUCCUCAAGCUAACAUUCUACCACCCACCGAGCAGAAGAGUCGGUCUCUCGUUCUUUCCGACUUAUGAAGAAGUGACGCCGGCAAAGACGCCGAGUCCCAACAGUGCACCAGACGUACUGCCGCGCGGGUCUUUUGUGCUGGUUGGGGGAGACCUCGCCUACCCGAGUCCCAACGACGAGACGUACACGACACGCCUGUUCGAGCCGUACCACGACGCGAUGAGCGGCAACGUGCGGCUGCAGAGCGUCUUCCACGCGGAGCAGCAGCGUGUGAUUGUCGCGGACGCGAGCGAUGCGGACGUUGCGCAUGUGCACCUGCUGGACGCUGAGACGGUGUCGAGGAUGGCGACAGGGCGUGCGGCGCUGCGGACGGGGCGCGCAACGGCGGAGGAGGCGCUGCGGAGCGUGCCGCUGCUGUUUGCGAUCCCCGGCAACCACGACUGGUUUGACGGACUGACGACGUUUCACAAGUACAUCCUUGAGCGGACGUGGAUCGGGGGGUGGCUGAUGCCGCAGCGAAGCAGCUUCUUUGUGCUGAGGCUGCCACACAACUGGUUCAUACUGUGUGGCGACACGGGCAAUAUGCAGGACAUCGACGUAGCGCAGCGCAACUACUUCCUGGACGUGAUUGAGAAGUACAUGGACGUGGAGAGCUGCGUGAUUCUGGCGGCGCACGAGCCGGGCUGGGUGUACGAUUCCAUGUUGCACAAACCGAAGCUGGCGCAACCGGAAUUGUCAAAAGUGUGCGAGGCUCUUGGCACGCGCCUUCGACUGCGGUUGGCGGGUGACAUCCACCACUACUCUCGCCAUGUACCGGUGGAUGCGUCAUCGGAGGCGGCGACGCUGGUGGUGAGCGGCGGCGGUGGUGCCUUCCUGCACGGUGCACGCGAUGAUUCUAUCAUCUCCCAGGGAACCAAGUAUGUCCGCGCCUGUGCCUUUCCGGAGCACAAUACGCUUCCCGCAAUGCUAAAUCGGUUGCUAGGCUUCCGCGUCAUCAACUGGAAGUUUGACCUCAUCAUUGGCGUCUGUAGCUUUCUCGUUGUUGUGUCGCUGCUGCCUCAAUCCAUCAAGGAUGUGCGUUGCGACUUGGAGAGCGGCCCGCUCAUGACGCUGCCAGAUGCGGUGGCGGCAUGGUGGGAGCGGGUGUGCGUCUACAUCGUGACGCUGUUCUCCAAGGGCAUCGCGUCACUGCUGGCCACGCUCGGCUUCCUCGCUGUCUUCGCGUCGGCUGGUGUUGAGAAAGACAUACCGGUGUGGAUGCGGCUGCUGCACUCAUGCCUUUGGACAUUUCUCACCGUGUUCAUCUGCUGCGGCAUGCUCGCCUACUUGAUCUGCACGCUGCAAUACAUGGCGGAGAACCACCUGCUGGUGUCUGCAGAUGGCCACUGGGGCGGCGUUCUGGAGGACCAGGUCUUCGCUUCAGUCGAUGGACUGCUGAAUCACACAAAGGAACUACUGGGCGGACCCCACGCCAGCGUCAUCGCGCACGAGCUACACCGCCUACAGACUUCCUUUUACGGUGAUCGGCUGGUGAGCUGGUGCGGCGUCAUCCUGCGCUGUCUCGACCCGUUUGAGAUGCUCGCGUACCUGUCGGAGAAGGUGAGCUCGCCAGAGAUGGGAACCUUUGCCGGGGAUGCUAGCCGUGUCGACGAGCUACUUUACUACCUGUACUUUGUCUUCUUUUACUGGACUCUUGUCACGCCGCUCGUGUCGUUCGUCAUUGGCAGCUACCUCAUGUGCUGUGUGACGCUCUUUGACUGCCUCUACGACGCCGCCUACUCGGCAUUCCAGAUUGAGGAGUACAAGCACUUUGUGCGCUUCCGCCUUGACGUCGCGACGCGAGAGCUUCACGCGUACGUGGUCGCCCUUCGGCACGUGCCUAAGUCGUGGACCUGGGAUUCUACGUAUCAGGCGGAGCUGAAGGGUGAUGCAGUGCGAGCGGCGCCACCACACCUGCGCGCCCACCCGAGCCGCUGGCACGGCAAACACUUCCGCGCGACUUCCAGGUGCGAUGACGGGAAGCGCGCGGCGUUCGAUGAAGGCGUGGAGGAAGGAGUUGAGAUUCUCGAGCAUUUUGUAUGCUCCCCACACCGGCUGCCGAUGCCGAUGUCAGCCAGCUAG